CUCCCCUGGCCUGCCGCAGCGCGCCGCAGUCCGGCCUCCCCGCCCCGCGCCGGGAAGGCUGCCUGGCGGCCUCGCCACGUGUCCUCGGCGAUCGCCAAACAGUUCCGGUGGUGAGUCGUCCUUUCCAAAUAUAAGAGGAAUAAAGAAGUCACUUCCCCAGCUGUCAUCAUCUGCCAACACAUUGAGCAAGAAUAUUUCAAGCACUACAGAAAAGGUGAUACAGUCCAUCAAACCCUAGAAGAUGAUCAGCCAUCUGAUUUUUUCAAGAAAGGGAAUAGGGUGACGAAGUCUCACCAGAAAAGCAGCAAUAUGAAUGCUGGCCCGUCUUGGAAUAAAGUACAACGUUCAAAAAACCCUUCAGGAAAGAGGCAGAGUCAAUCCCAAGUGUCCCUCGGGUCCUCCCAGCCUCCCGCGGACGGACUCCAGGAUAGCAGGUCCGCAGAAGGAAAACCCAAAAGGAGCCCACCGGACCCCCAGGGGCGGGGCGCCUCGAGGAAGGAGCUAUUUCUGGACCUGCAGUGCGUGAAAAUCCUGAAGGAGGGUGUGGGCGAGGAUGAGGACAGCGCCAGCGACCUAUCCGACUCCGAGCGGGUGCCCCUGCUGCCGUCGGUGCGCGCUCCCCCGGAGCUGCACCUGCGCGCGGAGGAGAUCCACGCUGCGGACCCGGGCCUGGAGCCAGACGCCGAAGCUGAAGCCCGGGGCGGCGUGCAACCCACCUACCAGUAUGCAGACUUCCUGCCUGCCCCGUUCAGCUCCUGGGACCUCCGCGACCUGGCCGUGCCACCCGGCACCGAGCCCAGGCCCGCAGCUCGCUGCGGCGCUGUAGGGCCACUCGCCAGGUACAUCGACAGGCUGGUCCAGCUCGAGUGGCUGCAGAUGCAGACCGUCCAAGGUGAGAAGGGGAAGGGCGCCAAAGCCAAGCCUCCCACCGUCCCCGCCAUGUCCACGGGGGCUCUGAAAAGCCCCGGCAGAAGCAAGCUGGUGGCCAGUGCUGCGGCCAGGCCUCCCCAGGAGGGGGCUUGCAAGCCGGGCGCUCCGGGCGCUUCCCGGAGGAAGGACCUGCACCCAGAAGAAGCCCGACCGUCCUAUUACGCGUUUGACACAGCCAAAGGCCUCCGUGCGCCUCGGGCCCACAGGCCGAGUUCUCAGAAGCCAGCCCUUGACGUGAGGACGGAGGAGCAGAGAAAGAAAGUGAGUAAGAGCCCCAGACUCCAGCGCUGGGACCCGCCCUGCAGUGAAGGUGGCGUCCCCAGGGCUCCCGCACAGGGGGCGACCCCCCGCGACUCCGCGGCCCCCGGCGGGGCGGCCAGAACACAGGCACAUGCGGGCCUGAAGAAGAAGGGCGGAGCAAGCAGCUGUGUCCCCGCCGCCAUAGCCAGCGAGAAGAAACCCAAAACCAAUGGAGUAAAGCCAAGCACGUACAAAUUCAAGUAAGAACCGAAAUGAUGCGUUGCAAAGUCCCGCGGAGCGCUAAACGUCAGAGCUCGUCCGAAGGUUGGCACACUGAGUCCGAGGACGCGUUCUGGCGACCCACAGGCGAGUCCUCGGGUGGCCCCGGGGCACAGCCGGCUGGGGCUUAUAUGCAAGGAAAGGUGGCCUUCAACGAGCCUUUCUUCGUGCCGGCAGUCUUAAGCACAUGAGAGCCCUUUAGCUACAUGAACCCAGGUCUGCGCCAUAUAACGACAUACAAUGACUGGGAAAGACCGGUCCAAACUGGACGCCGCCGCCAGCUGCCAGCCGCACACCCCAGCGGCGGCACCGUCCAGCUCCCCCAGCUCCCCCCGCUCCCCCCACAGCUGCACCCCGCUCAGCUCCCCUCCAGCUCCCCCAGCCCGCGCACCUGCAGGUAGAAGGUCGUGCGUACUGUGUUCAACUGUGCAGAGUCUGAGACGUUUGAAAGAGGGUUUUCGGUGCCCUUCUCCUAAACCGUCCAGACAGAAAUCCUGUCUACUUCGGGCCCAGGAGGGGCCACAGCUCUUCCUCGCGUUGGGGAUCCUCUUCUGGAGCAAAGUCAUGGAACACCGAGCCGCUUGUUCUCUCCAGACACUGGAACCUAAUAUUCUUACAGUUUUUUGUUUUGUUUUUUAAGGCAUUUGAAACUCAGAGGUGGUGGUGAAAUCCACCUCUGUGUUCUCUACCCAGAGGUGGAAGCAGUGCCCAGUGGGUCUCAGCAGAACCCUUCCUGCCUGGUGGGAGCCCAGAGCCGAGCACUUGGCACCCAAGCGACUCUGGCAUAUGUGUGGCUUCUGGAAAAGGUACGCAGUAAAGCCACGGUUUGUGGAGUCUGCAUGGAAGGCCUGCCACGAACCGUAGAUACACAUGAGAGCACCGUGACUGUCACGGGCAUCACGUUACUGAUUCCGGACCUAGGUCCUGCUGUAGGAAGCCGACAUGACAUGAUCUGUUUUACUUUGCAAGAGCAGGAUUUUAUCACCUUGCUUCAGUGCAGAGGGGUGGGGACACAUUUCCAGAUUGUGGGGGGGGGGUCUUCUUAACAAACAGUGGGUCCUGUGGCUCCCCGACUCUUCUAGAAGCUUCUUAUUUAACCACCACUAAGCCGGGUCUACGUGAGCCUUCAGUCGCACUGUGAGACCUCUGUUAAUAACGUAAAAAUCUUUAAAACCUUUGGUGGACCACUGGAUAUACAGUAUGUUUUAAUCACGGAAGCCGAUUUAUCUCUUGAAAUGAUUAUUUGCUUUCAUCCAUAUGUGUUUCUGUAUUUUUCACCUUUAGGCCAAAUGUUUUCCAAGGCCCUUCAGUUAAUAGGAUAAGGAUAAGAGACAUUCGUAAAUAAAAUAAUGCGCACAAGUUAAAUGUAAAGAUCCCAUUUUACAAUCAGACUUUACUAAUAUGAAACAACAUAUACAGGUGUUUAGGGCUGUUUUGUCCCACGACUCAACUUCUAGAUUUUCACAGUUUCUGUCUUAUGUUCUUUACCUUCCACACCAGCCUGCUGGACAGAGUGUGUUUUUUCAUGAAGAUCUUGUACCUUUUUACAUGGACGAAGACGCCCAUCUAGUGGGCCUCAUUUCCCUAGUUCUCAGUUAUGCUGUGACGUUUCCACUCACUGUAUGCACUGCGGGUAGAAACCCUAGCGCUGCUCGGUUCGCCUUCCUGUGGUUGCUGCGUGGCGUCCCCCGUGCCCUUUGCCUGCGCUGCCCCUCAUUCACGAUGCCUUCUCGGCUGUGAUGUCUACCGGCUCUUUAGAACAUUUCAGGGUCGAUGAGUCUCUAUAAGCACGUCAUGUACAUACACGCACUCCCGCUAUUAAUACUAAGGGGUCUCUGGCGAGCUGCUGCCUUCUCCAGGAGUGCCGUGUGGGGGUCCUCUGGGAGGCCCUGCAGGGUGAAGGCUCCAUGUUCCCUCUUCCUUGUGGACAUCUGAGCUGAAGACCAUCCUGGUUAAGAACUGGGAGGCGGUGCCUCGGAUGUCACAUUUGUUCCUUGUGCUCUGAACUGAAGUCCGUUUCCUAAUUUGGGGAACAGUUAUAAUGUCACAUGUUAUGACAGUUUGAAAAGCCUGGAAAAGUGACUUUGCUUACUCACAUUUUUGCCUCAGGUUGACGGUUAAUUUUAAGCAGGAUUCUUGCUGCUGGAUCAGAGCCCCCGAUGACCAGCAGGGGCUCACUACAGAAAAUAAGCACAAUUUCCUUCCCACGAUUUCCUAGCCCCUCCCGAUACAGCCUCCUGUCCUAAUGCUGCAGACCCUAAUCCCGCUGCCCCUGCAGACCGCGCCCCAGAGCGGAGUCCUGGCCUCCUGAGGGUGGUCCCGUCUGAGCCACCCAGGGUCCUGCUAGUCUGGGGACCUGCCAUUGUCUCCAGAGAAGUGCCUCUCAUUUCUGGGAGUUGUUGACAUACGUGUUGUGUUUAAACCAACUAAAAUAAUCCAAGGUUAAAAAAAAAAAAGCAUAGAGGGCGCCUGGGUGGCUCAGUGGGUUAAGCCGCUGCCUUCGGCUCAGGUCAUGAUCUCAGGGUCCUGGGAUGGAGUCCCACAUCGGGCUCU